UCUAACGUUGCGAUAGUAAAUACUUAUGGCCCUAUUAUGUAUGGCGACUGAUAGCCGAUGGGCAACCAUAGACUAAAAUUCACAUUACGUAUGGCAACUCGUUACUGACUGUCGGCUACUGGCAAGGCUACUGAGUCUGGUAGCGCAAUUUUCUGUAUUAUGUAUGGCUACCAUCUCUUUUUAUAGUAUACACAAACGUCAAAUUGAAGCAACUGAUCAGCAUCAGUCGCCAUUGUUAUAUUUUGCGAAUUUUGGAGGAGAAAGCUGAAACAAAUUGUGAUCAUGGCAGAAAAAUUGCCAGUGAAAAUUACUAAUAGCAAGCAAUUUGAGCGUUUGGUGCAUUUAAUGCAAUCCAACCCAGGAAUUGCAAGAGCAACACGGACGUUUGGACAAAACAAAAUCCAAAACGACGAACAAUGGGACGCUUUUGCUACCGAAAUAAAUAGUUUCGGCCUUCCAAGUAGAUCUGGAAAAGAGUGGCAGCGGGUAUGGAUUAACUACAAGGCCAAAACCAAGAAGAAAAUUAGUGCAAAUAACCGAAAUAUAAGAACGACUGGUGGAGGCCCAUCAGAGGAGCAACCGUUAUCUGCACUCGAGCAAGUGGUAGCAGAUAUUUUACACACAGACGUAAGUGUAAAUCCACCCGGCAAUGUGUUUGGUAUUGUGGAAAUGGACGAAGACGAACAAAACGUAGAGCCGUCAUGCAGUUCUUCGCCAAAUAUUACGAUAACUGUUCCAAAAAAAAGGCAAAAAAAAAAUAUUGAAGAAAUGAAAGUGGACAUGUUAAAGUCGCAAACUUUAAAUAACUCGGAUAUAGCACAAAAUUAAAAAAAAAUGGAAAAAAUACAUACAAAAUUAGCAAAUAUGCUGAAAAAAAUCAUGAUUUAAAAAAAGAAAAAUUUGAACUAUUAAAAGAAAAUAUGAAUUCAGAGGCAGAACUUAAACGAAAGAAAAUUCAACUUAUCGAAUACCAAUUAAACAAUAUGUAAUUUUAAAGAUUCAAUCAGGCAGUCUCUGCAAUUCACUUCCGAGUGAAUUUCAAUCCCUGCCAAUUUGAAUUCAACGCGAAUUCGACUCAAAUUCUCUCGAAAGUGAAUUACAGAACCUGCCUGUAUAUUUAAGAGUUUUGUUUGGGCGGAUUAUAAAUCGCACCAAGUUACCUAAGGACUGAAGAACUGAACUUUAAUUUAUUUGAAAGUAUUUUAAAUACU